AGGCCAGGGAUGGAACCCGAGUCCUCAUGGAUACUAGUCAGGUCAUCACCACUGGGCCACAGCAGGAGCUCCCCCUUUGCUCCUUUACCUCCCCCAUGGCCCAGUCAGAAGUGAGCAGCUCUCAGGGCUGGGGGUAGUGGACGGAGGUGACAAGCGGGCAGGCGGGUCUCCUCAGGGGAAGGCACGCAGAGAAGGCAGGCACCAAAUGUCAUUUGUGGGCCACUCCCGAUUUACGGGAUCUGGUGCAAAGACUUUGAAGAGGCAAUAAAAUUCCUGCUAGGAAAUGACAAUAAUUGAGAGUCCUGACUUAGCAAACUAAAUACCCCAUUUUUUUUUUUUUUAACAAGGCAAGGGAUUCUGGAUGGGUAGCAAAAAAUCGCAUUCUAAUGAGAUUAGCUUCCUGGAAUAGGAAUAGUCUUUCCCAAGAGCAGCAUAUGCCCACACCCCACAGAAAGUGUAUAUAAACGCCCCGAGAGGCCACGAGAGCCCAGAACCUGAGCUCCUUGCGAAGCUACCACCUACUCUGCGAGCAUCAUGGCCACCCAGUUCUGCUCUCCGAUCUUCUCCUCCGGGUCCGUCAAGGGCCUCUGUGGCACAUCAGGUGGCAUCUCUCGGGUGUCCUCGGUCCGCUCCGUGGGCUCCUGCAGGGUCCCCAGCCUUGCCGGCGUCGGGGGGUCAGCCUCCUCCAUCAGGCUGGGCCUCUCCGGCUUCGGGAGCUACUUGCCUGGUUCCUGCCUGUCCUCCGGGUACAACUCCUCCAGCUUUGCCGGGAGCGGGGGCUGGUUCUGCGAGGGCGCCUUCAAUGGCAACGAGAAGGAGACCAUGCAGUUCCUGAACGACCGGCUGGCCAACUACCUGGAGAAGGUGCGCCAGCUGGAGCGGGACAAUGCGGAGCUGGAGAGCCGUAUCCGGGAGUGGUACGAGUCUCAGAUCCCGUACAUCUGCCCAGACUACCAGGCCUACUUCAAGACCAUUGAGGAGCUUCAGCAGAAGAUACUGAUAACCAAGGCUGAUAACGCCAGGCUGGUCCUGCAGAUUGACAACGCUAAACUGGCUGCUGAUGACUUCCGCACCAAGUACGAGACGGAGCUGGGCAUGCGGCAGCUGGUGGAGGCUGAUACCAACGGCCUGCGCCGGAUCCUGGAUGAGCUGACGCUGUGCAAGGCUGACCUGGAGAUGCAGGUGGAGUCCCUGAAGGAGGAGCUGAUAUGCCUCAAGAAGAAUCACGAGGAGGAAGUCAACACACUGCGAUGCCAGCUUGGGGACCGACUGAAUGUGGAGGUGGAUGCCGCUCCCCCAGUGGAUCUCAACAAGAUCCUGGAUGACAUGAGAUGCCAGUAUGAGGCCCUGGUGGAGAAUAACCGCAGAGACGUGGAGGCCUGGUUCAACACCCAGACGGAGGAGCUGAACCAGCAGGUGGUGUCCAGCUCCGAGCAGCUGCAGUGCUGCCAGACAGAGAUCAUCGAGCUAAGACGCAAUGUCAACGCCCUGGAGAUCGAGCUGCAGGCCCAGCACAGCAUGCGGAAUUCCCUGGAAGCCACCCUGGCGGAGACGGAGGCCCGCUACAGCUCACAGCUGGCCCAGAUGCAGGGCCUGAUCAGCAACGUGGAGGCCCAGCUGGCCGAGAUCCGCUGUGACCUGGAGCGUCAGAACCAGGAGUACCAGGUGCUGCUGGAUGUCAAGGCCCGGCUGGAGUCGGAGAUCGCCACGUACCGCCGCCUGCUGGAGGGAGAAGACUGCAAGCUGCCUGCUCACCCUUGUGCCACAGAAUGCCAGCCUGCUGUUAGAGUUCCUUAUGUCUCCAGCGUGCCCUGCGCCCCGGCUCCCCAGCUCAGCACCCAGAUCCGCACCAUCACGGAGGAGAUCAGAGAUGGGAAAAUCAUUUCCUCCAGGGAGCAUUUGCAGCCUCUGUAACCAGCCCAAGGGGCAGGCCCUGGCCCAUAGGUCAGAGGACACCCCUGUGGGUCCCGGCUCUCAACGACCCCCUCCCCCUUCCUUAAAAGGACUCCCCGCUCAGCAGAAUUUUCUACCAAAAUACUUCUUAGGUUGUGUUUCUGGCUUUAACUGCUUUUAAGCUGUGUAAAACUGGGCUGCCCUGGAAACUUACCCAAUAAAGUGUGUUCUCUUGGCAUAGCAACCUGGCCUCUGUCUAUUCUCUGUGGUUAGUAAGUGGGGGUGUUUGAUCAGGGCCUUGCUGUGAAGGUGUGGAUUUUGGUUUCAGGUCUGGCUUCUCCGAGGGAUAGGAAGUGCCAGGGGGAUUCAAAAUAGUUCAUAACUGGGAUACUUCAGGGCCUGGUCCAUGAGAACAGAUGACAGCCCAAUCUGGAUGGCUGCUGGCCAUAAUCUACAGGCUUGGCCCUGCCCCGGGCACCGCCUGGGGUGGCCCCAGAGGAGGCAAAGCCUCCCAAGCUGUCCUCCCUGGUGGCUCCGCCUGGAUCUGGUGAUUCUCUCUUCCCUUCAGUUUCUCGUCCUUAUUCAGCUCCUAUCACACUCCUGGCCCCCUCCAGGCCUGACACUGGGGACAGUGGAGGAGAAGGGGUUCCAGGGCCACGCAGAGAGGCAAACUCCAGGCAGCCAGCCUGGGUCAACCUCCCCAGGGAGGGGCGUCGGGGGAGCUGGGGGAUGCAGGCGGGAGGGCCCGGUGAAUGCAUAUCCCUGACACUGGACACAGGGCUGAAGUGCAGGGCGGCAGGGACAGUGAGGUGGAGAAGAUGGGGCCAGACGUGGAUUGGCGGGGGAGGCGACAGUCAGACCUCACUGUGGAGCAGAGUCCAGAGUGUCCUGGACUCCACUGGCUGAGCCACACUUGUCUGGGCAUCAGGACUAACAGUGCCUGGCCAUGCUCUCUGAUCAGAGCAGCUGGCCCGUGAGAAGCCUGUCCUGCUUCAUUCUUUAGUUGAGACUCUAGGCCCAGAGGGGGCAGUGGCUUGCCUCAGGCCAUACAGAGGUAAGUGGCAGGGAGGAGGCCAUUGCUCAGCUACUCUUUUUUUCCUUUUCUUUUUCUCUUUUGCGGGCGCCCCCUCCGCAUAUGGAAGCUCCUGGGGCCGGGAAUCGACUCUGAGCUGGAGCUUUGAUCUACACUAUAGCUGCAGCAGUGCUGGCUCCUUAACCCACUCGUUGUGCUGGGCCAGGGAUAGAACCGGCACCUCCACACAGACAAGCCAGAUCCUUAACUACUGUGCCACAGUGGGAACUCUUGCUCAGCUCUUCUGACUCUAACUUGGAGGCUCUUCCCAGCACAUGGGUACUGUGUCACCCCCAACCCACCCCUGACCCCUUCCCUCACUUUGUUACUUCUGGGCUCUCACUUGAGCCCAAGACCCAUGGGAAAGACCCACAGUUCUGCUCUAUGUCACCAGGUGUUUGGUGCCAAAGAUGAAUCUUGGACCUGCUGAACAAGCCAGAGGUGCAGCAAACACAUCUUGGACCUUAGGAGAAGAUGCACUUCGGCUGAGAUGGAGUAGCUGGCUCAGACCCUGGGUCUUUGUGCUGAAGCCAUGUCAUGCGACCUCGCUGGUCCAGCUGGCACAUCUGUGCAAUGGGGCUAUAGGAGGCUCCAGUAUGUGCACAGCACCAGGGAAGUGGUAGCUAUGAGUGCUGAUGUUAAACGAAGAGUCCCUGGGCUGAGUGGCAGGUGGGAGAUCCCACUGGGUGAGUCGAAGCUCUUCGCUUAGUUGCAGGGCAGGAUUCGGUGGGGCCAAUACUGCGGGCCAGCAGCACCCUCAGAGCUGGACAGUGAACCCAAAGGGCUUUGGGGCAAGAGGCCAGACAGGAGGGCCAGUCCAUAUGAUGUUAGCCCUGCCCUGCUGCUCUCUGAGCUCCGCACUCCAGCUCUAGGGCGUGAGGUCUGCAAUUUCUGCUUCUGCCUGAGGCUCAGGCAUGCGCAGGGCGCACUGCACCCAGUUUGCUGGUGCAGACAUAGCCAGGGAGGGGCAGUGGGCUCAGUCUCUGUUCCGGCUCCGGCAAGGGAGUGGCAGACACUCCACACAGGCUUGGGACCAGACAAACAAUCAUGCUAUCAGGUCCUCCAACUGCACAGUGUGCUCCGUGCUUAUGCGCACUCUGCGCUGCAAGCGUGCAUCCUCAGCCUCGUGAUGUGCAUUCAAACAGCCUGUGUCUCGGGGCACUUUAUUUAGUAGCUUUCUUCACCAUUUUUUUUUUCUUUUUAUGGUCGUACCCGUGGCACAUGGAAGUUCUGGGGC